CGCCGGUCCUGGUGCAUGAACCUCCAGCCAAAAGUGAAGGUGACCAAGGCAAAGCCAGCUGGUGCUGGAGUCCAGGAGUGUGGGGGUCCCACUCUACCUGAGAACGCGCUCUCUGAGAAAGUGUGCUCUUGGAAGGACUUGGAUCAUUCAGAUAGGUUCCCAAGGCAAGUGGGCCUGAAGUUUUUUGGAGACACCUCUCCUGCCACAUCUACUCCAGCACCCACCUCAGAGCUGUGCUUGAAGUAAAGCAGACCGUUGGUGGGGUGCCUGGUAGAGUGAGAGCAGGGGUCAAGCAGGAGCAGGUUCCACACUCCUGGAUGGGCAGGGCCAGAGGAGAACAAGAGAAACAUGGACUGCAGCCUUACCUGCCUAUGGACCCCAUCUCCUGACCCUGCUCCCCAGAGCCCAGGGCUGAAAAUAAUCAGCACUUGGAGCUCUGGGACCUCACCCACGAUCUCUCUCCAUCUCCUCCCCAAGUUAGUAUGGAUAUUCAAAACAAGAGCUCUUCUGUGCGAGGUAAUUAUGAAGUGAUGGAGCAAUACUGGGAAUGUCUUAGACAUGACGGUUCUAAAGAGCAUGACAGCUGAUCACCCUCAACGCCCUGUUAGGGCACCCACUCUCUUCUCGGGGUGCCCAGAGUACCUGCUGGACGGGGAAGGCUGCAGAGAAGGGUCUCGUUGUUCAGCUCAGGAAAACUCCUCAUUCUGCCCUCACGUUAUAGCUGGUCUGAACUUCCAGGAGGCGGCUCCGUGGUCCUGGACUGGCAUGGGGAUCAAGAAAGCUCCUCGCAGCCUGGGCCCCAUGGCAUCCUGCCCUGUCCUACAGAAGGAGAGGGUGUUCCAGUCAGGAGACCAUGCCUACAGAAUCCCUGCUCUGCUCUACCUGCCUCAGCAGAAGACUCUGCUGGCCUUCGCAGAAAAGCGGAUGAGCAAAAAGGAUGAGCAUGCAGAGCUGAUUGUGCUGCGCAGAGGAAGCUAUGAUGCAUCCACCCACCAUGUCCAGUGGCAUGCUCAGGAGGUGGUGGCCCAAGCCCAGCUGGAGGGCCACCGGUCCAUGAACCCGAGCCCCUUGUAUGACGAGAAAACGGGAACCCUCUUCCUCUUCUUCAUUGCCAUCCCCGGGCAGGUCUCCGAGCACCACCAGAUCCACACCAGGGUCAACGUGACACGGCUGUGCCAGGUCACCAGCACGAACCACGGGAGGUCCUGGAGCCCGGCCAGAGACCUCACCGGCCCUGCCAUCGGCGCAGCCCACAAGGAAUGGGCCACUUUUGCGGUGGGUCCGGGGCACUGUCUACAGCUGCACAACAAGACCCAGAGUCUGGUGGUACCCGCCUAUGCUUACCGGAACCUUCACUCCAUCCAGGGGCCUUCCCCAUUUGCCUUCUGCUUCGUCAGCCACGACCAUGGGCACACAUGGAAGAGAGGGAACUUUGUGGCCCAGGACACCCUGGAGUGCCAAGUGGCUGAAGUAGGGGGCGCGAGGCAGAGGGUGGUGUAUCUGAACGCUAGAAGCCCCCUCAGAGCCCGGGUCCAGGCCGAGAGCACCAACGAGGGGCUCGACUUCCAGGAGGCCCAAACAGUGAAGAAGCUCGUGGAGCCUCCCCACGGCUGCCACGGGAGUGUCAUCAGUUUUCCCAACCCCCGUGAGGGCUCAGGAGCCUCAGACAAAUGGCUGCUCUACACUCACCCGACUGACCCCCAGCAGAGGGCCGACCUGGGGGUGUACCUCAACAAGCGGCUCCCGGGCCCCGAGGCCUGGUCGGAGCCCGCUCUGCUGGCCACGGGCAGCUGCGCCUACUCAGACCUCCAGAGCAUGGGCGUUGGCCCUGAUGGCUCACCCCAGUUCGGGUGUCUGUAUGAAUCGGAUAAUUACGAAGAGGUUGUCUUCCUCAUGUUCACCCUGAAACAAGCCUUCCCAGCUGAAUUUUUGUCUCAAUGAGCCGGUUGUGUGCCAUCCUGAGUGAGCCCCUUGGAGGCCAACUCUCGGUUCCCAUCACCCAGAACGUGCGGAACAUCUGCCCCCCUGGCUCUUUUCCUCCUUUGAUGUUUCAGUCCUUCUAAGGGAUUCAGCGUUCAGCCCAGAAGUUGAAGGAACCUGGCUUCCCACAGCCCCUCAAUGGGGAAGGUGUGGAGAGCUGUCGCUCUGCAUGGCUCAGCCUGCCUGCCCCUACCCCAGCUUUUGUGCAGGUCUUGAUAAAUGAUGGAGUCCAGCCCAUUUCUUCUUGGUAAAUGCUCAUCAUGUUCCUAGGGAAAGGCUGAGACAAAGAUGUAAAUUAGCAGAGGGCUUUGUGUGUGCGUCUGCGUGCACGUGCACGUGUGUUCUCAGUGAUGCUUUAGAGGAGACACCAUGGGAGACAGCUUUGCAGGGAGGUAAGGCAGGUCUAGGAAAAUUAAGCUAAUCUAAGUCAUUGUGUUAGUUUCCCAGGGCUGCUGUAACCAAUCAAUACAAACUUGGUGGCUUAAAACAACAGAAAUUUAUUCUCUGAUGGUUCCAGAGGCUGGAAGUCCAAAAUCAAGGUGUCGGCAGGACUGUACUCCUUCCGAAGGCCCUAGGGGAGAACCCUUCCUUGCCCUUCCAGCAUCUGGUGGCCCCAGGCAUCCCUCAGCUCAUGGCUACUUACCUCUCUUUAAUGUCUCUGUCUUUGAGUGGCUUUCUCCCCUUCUCCUGUGUUUUCUCUUCCGUCUCUUAUAAGACACCUGCCGUUGGAUUUCCAGCACACCCAAAUAACCUAGGAUAGUCCUCCACUCAAUUAUAUUUGCAGAUUCUUUUCUAAAUAAUGUCACAUUCACCAAUUCUGAGGGUUAGGAUGUGGAUUUAUCUUUUGGAGCCACUGUUCAACCCAUUACAGGCAUCAGAAGUGAUUUUGGUACAGGUGAUGUGGCUAAAGGUAGGAAUGAAAUUCAGAUGAAUCAGAUAAUUCAGAAGAAUGAAGGGGGUAGGAGGGGCUGGGCUGUUGAAUGUGCAUCUGUGGCCCAGAGCUGUUCUGGGGCAUCCAGUCUUUGUGGUGACAGGGAUGCCACCAUGUGCAGAUAAAGAGAGAGGGGCGAGGGUCCUGUGGUUGUGUAGUCCUUGCCACAUAGAAAGAUUAGGGAGAAGGACACUCCCCAGUUGUCAUGAGGGUGAUAACUGGAGAGGGGAGCCCUGGGCAGAGGGGGAUGACACUUCUCUGACCUGAAGACAAAGGUCUUCAGGGGCCUUUGUCAUAUAUCCCCGUGGAAAAGUGGACUUGCCCUCCGUCCCCAUCAGAGCCCCUCCUACCAACUGGAUCAAUCUAAUAGUUUGAUGGCAGCAAUCAACGAUGACAGUUAUGGGUUCUUGCAAUUGAGCCAUGUCUCCAGGGGGCCAGGCAGUGGUUAAAUGGAAUUUUGACAGUGUGAGGAGCUGGAGGUGUGACUUUUGUUCUGGGUGUGUUUCCUGGCACUGACCUCCUAUCUGUAUGCAACUUCUGUGUGUGGGGUUUUAUGAAAUCCAGCUGGAAGGAUGAGGAGGUGGGGCCUGGUAAUUGCUGGGGUGGAAAGUAAGCCCCACAGCCUUGGGGAUGUCCCCUGCUGUCUUCUAAACUCUGCAAAGUUAGCUAUGCAGAGGCCAGAGGCCCAGCCAGGAGAGUGAGGACAAGGGCACAUAGGCCAGAGGCAGCACACUGUCAGGAGGUUUAGAGGUAAGGUGGUAGGAUAGUAUAUGAUCCAAAUGAGGACACUUUAGAAAAUGAAAGGAGGAUGCUAUUAAUAAUUGUACCAAGACAAUGGGCAUCACCCAGGACUGUCCCAGGAAAACUGAGAGCUUUUAAGAGAGAAAGACCCACUGGGGAUUGUAUCGGGAGCUGGCCUCUGCUAACUACCCUGGGAGAGUCAAUCAAUUAAGGGUCUUGAUGUGAGUUGGGAAUAGGAUAAGACACCUGGACACUGCCAAGUUUAGAACAUUAUUCUCUUAGACUCUCUCCAUUCACAGAGGUCAGUGGGUCUCAAUUCUAACUGCUCGUUAGAAUUCCCUGGGGAGCUUUUACACCAUGAUGAUGCCUGGGCUCCACCCGUGACCCAGAAUCAGAUUCAGAAUCUCUGGUGGUGCACCCAAGGAUGAAUUUUUUUUUCCAAAAUCUCCUCAAGUUAUUCUAGUGAGCAUAAGGAUCAAGAAGUGCUGGUACAGAUGAUCUCUAAAGUUCCUUCUACUUCUAAAUGUAUACAAAUAUCAAAAUCUUGUGAUUUGAAUGAAAAAAGCAACAGUUGAAAAAUGCCACUACUCAUUGAAAAAUGCCACUAAGAGAGUGAAAGGAAAAGCCAUAGAUGGGGAGAAGAUAUUUAUAACACUUAUAUCUGACAAAGGACUUGCAUCCAGAAUAUAUAAAGAACUCCUACAAGCCAAUAAGAAAAAGACAAUCCAAUAAAAAUGGGCAAAUUGCUUGAACAGGCACUUCACAAAAGAGGAUAUCAUAAAGGCUGCUAAACACAUGGUCAUCAGAGAAAUGCAAAUUAAAACCACGAGAUACCCACUGGAAUGAUUACAAUUAAAAAGAUUGACAACAGCAAGUAUUGGUAAGGAUGUGAAGCAACCAGGACCCUCAUGCAUUUCUGGAGGAAGUGUAACUGGUAUGACCACUUUGGAAAGCUGUUUGGUAGUAUCUACUAAAACUGAACGUGCAAAUAUUCUAUGACCCAGCUCUUCCACUCUGCAGGAUGCAUCUAAGAGAAAUGAAUGCAUUUGGUUGCCAAAGACAUGUAUAACAAUGUUCAUGACAACUUCAUUCAUAAGAAUCCCAGAGUGGAAACUAUCCAAAUGUCAGUCGAAAACAGAAUGGAUAUCUGAACUGGGCAAUAUUCACACAGUGGAAUAUUUCACAAUAAUAAAAGAAUGAACUACUACUACACACAAUAGCAUGGAUGGUUUUCCAGACAUUAUAUAUUGAAUGAAAGAAGCCAGAUCCAAAAGACUACCUACCUGAUGACUCUGUUUAUUUAAAGUUCAAGAACAGGCAAGACAAAUCUAUGGUGUAUAAGUCAGGAAAGUGGCUAUUUCUGGUGGAGGAGAGCCGUCCACGGAGAGCUGGAAGGAAUCUUCUGGGUGCUGGAAACAUUUUGUUGUUUGAUCUGGUGCUGAUUAGGAGGGCAAAUCCAUACAUGAAAAUUCAAUAGCCUGUACACACAAGAUUUGUGUACCUUACUGUGUGUACACUAUACCAUGAUGAAAAAUAAAAGUUGGACUGAAUAGUAAAUUUGCUAGUUAAACCUCCAAAUCAGUAUAUUACAUUGGGUUGUAAAACUUUGGAACUGAAUUUUUGUAAUCAAUUUUUGGGGGGAGAAUCAUUUUAGAUUUAUAGAAAAGUUGCAAAGAUGGUAUGGAAUGUUCCCGUGUAUCCUACACCCAGUUUCCCCUAAUGUUAACAUCUUAUGUAACUGUGGUACCAAGAGAUUAACAUCGGUACACUACUAUUAACUAAACUCUAGACUCUAUUUGGAUUUUACCAGUGUUUCUACUAAUGUCCUUCUACUGUUCUAGGAUCCAAUCCAGGAUACAUUUAGUACAUUUAGUGAAACUAAAUUUUUACUACAAUUUGUGUCCAUGGAGACACACACAUACCCACAGAUUGACACUGUUCCAGCAUCCCCCCUCUGUUCACCUCGUGAGGCCUGGGAGACGAGAGGGUGUGGGGCACGUCCAGGGUGGUCGCCUUGGAAGGCCCAGGCCUGGCCCUGCAAAGAGGGCAGGCAGGGUGGUCUGCUAAACCCAGUGGUGUUGAUAGAGAAGAUCUGCCCCCUUCAGUAGAGACCCUCUCCCUGCACAGUGAGAUUAACUGGGGGCAACAUGGUGGCCACAGAGAGUAACUGAAACUUGUCCAUUCUUAGAGGUAAGGCCACACGUCACAAGAUACAAAAUGUUAGCCUGUAG